AUGAAGCACAGUGUAGAUGCCAUGAAGAAGGACGUCUCCCGACUGUCGGCCAAGCAGCGCACCUACACCAACAUGCAACACGACCUGACACAGAGAUUGGACUCUCUUCCGGCCAUCGUGCCCCCGAUGGCACCGGCCAGGUCGGAGCUGCUGGUUCCACGUCCAACGGACUCGGCGCGGGCGGCUCGCCUGGAGUUCCUCCGGCAGUUCCCCUUCCUCGAGAGAUACAACCUCGCCACCCGCGACGUUCCAUUCAUCGUUGAUGACCUUCGGAAACCCUUUGCGAUAUUACGCUUCUUGCCGGCUACUCAUUGGGAGCGUGGAGUGCCACUACCCAUUAUGGUCUACGCCAGCGCGUCCUUCUGCGAGCUGACGCAGUACGAACUGCACGAACUGCAGGGCUGUCCGCCCGUGCAUCUGGGAGUGCCGGACAGAACGCAACAUGGCCAGCUCAUCCAGAAUAUUACCCAUAGGACCUACGCAGACAUAACCGAUACGAUACAAGUGCACCCGCUCAUGCGAACCAAGAACGGCAACAUCAUCAAAACGACGCUCCGCCAUCAGGCCUUCUUUGAUGAUGACGGCGAUGUACGAGCCCGCGCCCCCUAG